AAUCUAUGUCUCCCUGCUGGAUGCGGAAUAUUUUAAAGAUUUUUUGUAACAUGUGUGAAAGGACCGGAAACGAAACCGAUAGAUCAGGGCAUCCAGCAUCCCUUUGCUGAACAUCGGCAGGUAUACGUUGACAUUUGUGGAGGACAAUGGAACGUCGCAAUUGCGAAUUGAAUGGUGACUUUUUUUUCUUUCGGUUCUUCGUAUUCUGCUUAAAUAUCUCGCGUAUCAUUCGAAUUAAUUCACGCUUUGUGAUUUCAGGGACGAGGACGAUCUACCUGCGUGGACGCACAGUUCACUGCCCAUAAAAAGAGAAAUUACGUAAUUACGUGCCGACGCACGCAUGCUCCGCUGCGGAUUCACGCACAAUCUGCGUGUCAAUGUAAAAUGCGUAAAUGGCCUCGCCGAGGACCGAUUAACUCGAUUAAUUAGCAGACGCCCGGGAUGAUAACGAAUUUUGCGUAUUGGAAAUUUCUGAAAGAGAAAGUUCGAGUGAUUAACGUGCCUUAAUUGCUUCCGAUAAUUGCCGCGAUACGUAAUUCUAGAUUAACUUAAUGAGAUCACUCGUAAUACCGCGAAUGGAAUUAUAUAUUGUUAAGGUUUCAGAGUGAAAAUUCGCGACGUAUAAUCUCGCACAGGUUUUUACUGCGUAUAGGUAGGGAAAGUACAGGUAAAUUGACGUAACCAAUUGUAAAAGUUAAAUUCGUCGAUUAAAUUUUGACCACGAUUCUCCGCAGUUCGGUCGUUUACUACACCUCGCAACUACGCAUUACAUAUUUUUAUCCGCAUAGAUAAAAUUAUGAAUGAGCGGGUGCAGAGGAGGCAAGUGAAUGGAUGAUCGAGCGCCUAUGGUGCCUAUGGUGCCCCUAGAAGAAAUAAAAAUAAACCGCGUGCGGCAUCGUCAUCCACGUGUCUCGGUGAGGAAACUACGAGCACUGCGGAGAAAAUCUAUUAUCGAUACGCACGGAAGAAGUGAAGAGGAGGAAGGUAGGGAGAAAGAGAGAAAGGUGAUCGAGUCUGGCCUCUAGUGGCGCCGGAGCAUGAACGCGCGGAACGUCGAAACGCGCGUUAAAAAGCAGAACGCGCGGAACGCGCAUCCGGUUGUCGCGUGAUUCUCUCGCCCGCGGCCCGAAGUCGCCCCCCCCCUCCUCCCCAUGGUCGCCGUUAUCGUCACCGCCGUCGCGUCUGUCAAAAUCGGCCCGGAGCAGAGAGAGUGUCACUCGCUCGGUGACGUGACGGUCAGCGAGAUGGUGGCUCUCGUUUCGCGGAUGUAGGAUGUAGGAAAAGCCGGAGCAGAGAAGGAGAAGAGCAGCACCUCGCGCGCGUACCUCGUCGAGGACAGGGAGGUAAAAGGAGAAUUUAGGAAAUCCUUCGGCGAGGAAUUAACCGAAGGAUGCGUUCGCACUCGGGACGGGCGACCACAACGACCGGCGUCCACCUGCGAUAACGACGAGGUGCUGGAGGUGGUGGCGAGGAGCGGGAGGAGGACACGAGGAGUUAGCAGCGUCGGAGGGGAGAUCAGCAACGUCCUCGUCCUCGUCGUCGUCGUCGUCGUCAUCGCACAGGCAGCAAUGGCCGCUACCGUCGACGGGGUCAAGCUCGAGGAGCUGAGGACCGAGAUCGAACGCCUGUCGCGCGAGCUCGACUUGGCCUCCACCGAGAAGAUACAGUCGGCGCAGUACGGGCUCGCGUUGCUCGAGGAGAAGUCGGCCCUGCAGCAGCGGUGCAACGACCUCGAGGCGCUCUACGAGAACACGAAGCACGAGCUGGAGAUCACGCAGGAGGCGCUAGCAAAAUUCCAAACGACUACGAAAAUAACGGCGAAGAGCGGCAUCGAGCAGGAGGAGAGUCUUCUUAACGAGAGCGCCGCUCGGGAGACAUCUUUGCAGACGCAGAUCAUCGAAUUAGAAAAUGAAACAAAACAGCUGCGACAUGAAUUGGAGCGAGUGGAGGCGGAGCGCGAUCACGCGUUGCAGGAGCGCGAGGAGGUCGGGAAAGAUCAUCAGCAGGCAGAGACGGAGCGCAAGUCGUUACGGACAGAGCUGCGGGAGUGCAGGUUCCGCGAGACUCGUCUGUUGCAGGACUACUCCGAGCUGGAGGACGAAAAUAUCUCGUUACAGAAACAGGUAUCCGGCCUGCGGUCCAGCCAGGUGGAGUUCGAGGGUGCCAAACACGAGAUUCGUCGGCUCACGGAGGAGGUUGAGCUGCUGAACAGCCAGGUGGAAGAGCUGACGAAUCUGAAGAAGAUAGCGGAGAAGCAGAUGGAGGAGGCGUUGGAGUCCCUGCAGGCCGAGCGCGAGGCCAAGUACGCUUUGAAGAAAGAAUUAGAUCAGAGGAUCAACAGCGAGUCGAUCUACAACCUGAGCAAUCUCGCACUCUCCAUUCGCGGCAUCACGGAGGAUCAGACGAUAUGUAGCGACGGCGAGGACGACUCGCCCGCGCUACGUAGAAUCGAGGCGGACUUGAAAACGCAGGAACCGGGCACGUCCGCGACCGACAAGCAGGUUGACUUGUUCUCCGAGAUUCAUCUGAACGAACUGAAGAAACUAGAGAAACAGCUGGAGCUCGCUGAAACCGAGAAGGCCCAUCUGACGCAAAACCUUCGCGAGUCGCAGUACGCGGUAGAGAAGAGCCAGACGGAAUUGCAAUCGUUCGUUGCACGAAUAGUGCAGCUGGCAGCGCAUGUGCAAUCGCUACAUCAUCUUCACUCGAAAUUGCCGGAGAAGCAGAGCGAAGAGACGACGUUAGAUAAACUUAAUCAGGCCGUUGUGCAAUAUCAUCAAUGGAGCACCAUGUCCGCUCGCGAGAUUACUCAAUUGCAGAAGGAUCUGUCCGAAUUGGAGAAUGGUUUAACCGUGUCCGACUCCACGCAGCAGCUAAGAACAGAGCUGACGAAUCUGAGGAACAAGAUACCCGAGUCAGAGAAGAGCCUUCGAGAAAAGCUUCUGGACACGGAACAAAGAAGCAUGCAACUCGAGUCGGACGUGUCCACUCUGUCGAAACUCACCGCGGAAGCCGGCGGUUUCCUCGAUUCUGCUCAGAACGACUUGCAGAAUCUAUCCGACGAGCUCGCGCAGCUCUACCAUCAUGUGUGUACCGUUAAUGGCGAGACGCCCUCGAGGGUGGUACUCGACCACGAGAAGUCGGAGAUCGUGCCUGAGAAGGAGGAGGAGAACGGCAAGAUGGAUUGGUGCCGAACGCUAUUCAAGACCGACAUCAAGAUUAAGGAUCUGGAGAGUCUUAGCAAAGCGAAGGAGAUUGCGAAACACAUAGAAACUGCAAUGGACCAAAUAAAGCAUCUCAGAAACGCCGUAGAACACACGAUCGAGCUGUCCAAAGUCAAAGGAAUACAAUCCAAUAUUUGCAGCGUUUGCGAGGCGUCUGUCAAUGAAAACAAGGCGGACGUGACAGACCUUCAAGAGCAAGUUAUCAGAUUAAAGGCUUUGCUGUCCGCUAAGCGGGAACAGAUUGCCACGUUGCGAACGGUGCUUAAAUCAAACAAAAAUACGGCGGAAGUGGCGUUAACGAAUCUGAAGAGCAAAUACGAGAACGAAAAGAGUAUUGUUAACGAGACAAUGCUCAAACUGAGAAAUGAGCUUAGAAUGUUGAAAGAAAACGCUGCGACAUUCUCGAGUCUGCGUGCAAUGUUCGCUGCACGUUGCGAAGAGUACGUGACGCAAGUGGACGAGCUUCAGCGGCAGCUUGCCGUGGCGGAGGACGACCGAAAGACGCUGAAUCAGCUACUACGCCUGGCGGUGCAGCAGAAGCUCGGACUCACUAUGAAGCUGGAGGAGCUCGAGGUCGACCGGGAGCUGCGCAAUACCAGGAGACACGCCGCCGGCGCAAACGGACGCGGUAGGCCGCGACUGUCGCAACAGACGAACCGUCCCCAUUUAGGCAGAGAUUUCUUCUAGAAAAUGAUGAAGAUGUGGAGUAAAAUAUUCUGAGAGAAGCGUGGAUUUUAAGAACUUUUUCGAAUUUUUCUACUCGUUGCCAGACCAGGCUCACUUUCGUCGCGAGUCUGGAGAACUCUAGUGAGUAUACAAUUGAUUUCCUUCGUUAGAGAGAACAUCUGCAGUCUCGUUUUAUCCGUAAUAAGUCGUUUCGUCGCGUUUAAAUUCCGCGACGCGUAUUUUUACAAAGGGAUGGACGGACACGCAUGAGUGUUUGAAAGAAAAAAAUAAAUAAAACGGAAGAGAAAAGAAAAGGGAAGGAAAACGACGACGCCGUCCUCACUGAAACGGGGGAGAAUCGCGCUCGGUGAACGGGGAAGUAAGGGCUGCGUUUUGAAGGCUUUUCGAAAUGUUCAGUUUCACAUCCUUCCCAUGGAUUUUGCUCCAUAUCAUAGAGUCUCUUUUAGAGAGCUCUGCCUUCUGUUACCACUAUUGUUAGUAGAGGAAUUUAGGAAUACAAAAGAGAGUGUAGGAUACACACACUUUCGUUGACGGAGUCACUGACACGACUGCGCGUUUAAUGCGAGUUAUACGUUCUGCGAUGAUGCGCGCGUUAGCCCUGUCAAACUGUUUUAAGUGCGUUAAAUCGGCGCGAGCGUUCCAUCGAUAUAGUCUCGUUUUUAAGUUUUAAUAGUGGAAAUGUGUUUCAGGUGUCGAUUCGUCGAGCUAUUAUCGCUUUAGCACGCUUAUUUAUUAACGCUUUACGUAUUCUUUAAACGAUACGAGGGAUAUAUUCCGUUGAUGAUCCGUUUAAUGUAGCAUAAUAAUCGUCUCUGGAACGUUUCGUGACAGGAAGCGUAUGUUUAAAGGGAUAACGCAUGGUGUAAAAGAACGCUAAAGACCCGUUUUUAGGAAGACAGCGAAAGACAGGAAUUUUAUAUCGCGUGCAUAGAGACAAUAUUGAAUAUCGCGCCCGUGACCGGUAGCAUUUAUAAUCAAAGUAGCGAGAGAUGGAAUGUCGUAGAGCAAGUAGAAUUGAAAAUUUUUAACAGUAGCCAAGAGUAAAAUACACGAUAUAGGGACCCAUCUUCCAAGUAGUACUACCAUCUCACACCCACCACUUAGAUGCAUCAAUAGUUCACCCGUGUUUACUUGUUUUACUUCAGCGAUUUCUCUUCACCCGCGAGAGAAACCAUUUUUCCGAUCUUCAAAGACAGAUUCUACAUAAGAUGUGCACAAUGCGGAUCGCAAACGCGGAUGCAACAGCUAAACAAGUCUUAAUAGUACAUUGACGCUUCUCAUAAGCUGUGUCGUAUUCGCAUUUGCAUCUGACCUGCGUUUUGCGUACAUAUGUAGAAUGCUCUUUACGCGUUGUCAAGUCACGGGAAUAUUUUAAUGAACUGCACACGGAACGACUCGUGCCUCGUGUCUCGGAGACAAAGUAGUAUUAUAGAGAAGUAUUGUACUUGAGAGACCAAGAUAACAAGAAUACCAUUAGUUUCGACGUUACGAAAGGGAAUUUUAUAAACUUUAGAUUUAGCGGAUUGUAUUUCUAGAGGCAGCGUAUAUAUCUUCCUUUUCGAGUCGCGGAGUCGGUCGUUCCAGUUCCACGAUAUCCAACGCGUACUUUUCGUCAUUGAAGAUUGGUGCAAGUUAUCUCAUUGUUAACCGAAACGGAAUUCGCGCGAUAGCACGUCCUUUCGUUCGCGAUUUUGUAGAAACGAUAGGCCUAAACGGGCUCUAGUUCAUUUACGUUGACUUCUUGGCAGCUUGUUAAAUGUACACCUAUUGAUCAUUAGAAGUUAACCAUUAUAUUGAAUUACUGUAAUAGGUGCAGCUACUCUCGAUGCAGGUUUUAUCAUUUGUUAAGUUAUGUUUAUUUAUAUAUUUAUGUAUAUGUUUUUUCUAUUGCAACAAAGCACUUUGUGCAAGGCAAUUUUAACAUAUUUGAUGCAUAAUCAUCGCUGAUCUCGUUCGACGAGACCACGAAAAGGUUUUUUGUUUCAAUAAAGGAGCGCACAGCAAAAGCUCUAAUUACAGUUUUAUUGAUUAUCGACUAUCUUGUACUCUUUUAUAGGAGGGUAAUUAUCAUGAUAAGUGUGCUCAGUGCAACUCGUAGAGUGCUCUUUUACUUUGAUAUGUUCUGUAGAUACGUCGCACACAUAUACUUUUCUAAUAAUACAUAUAUGUAACUUAAAGAUUGCAAAACAAAUUAUUUUAAUUAAACAAUCAACCAUGUAACUAUUCGAUUACGAGAUUUUGAAUAUUUAUUUUAUAUUAGUAUUUUAUGAAUAUUGUUAUUAUUAUCAUGUGAUUUGUCGUGCGCACGACUAAAAGAACGUAAUAGAGCAUUCUGCAAAUAAAUUUGUAUAUAUUAUAUACAUUGCAAAUGACGUCAUGAAUUGUCAGUCAAUCAAAUUUGUUAUCACGGCUAUUGUCUUUAUUAUCAUCGCUCUUAUUAUCGACAUUAUAUUGUAAUUAUAUAUUUAUUAUUAUAAUUAUCGCCUGUCAUCUUCUCGUCGCGGUAAGACGAACACCUAAAGAGAAUUUUAUCGAUUGUUCGUCGACUAUCAAUUGAUCAGUUGUCGCUAUAUUAUAUUCUAUAUCUUGUAAUUAUCGCGUCACCUGUGUCUACGACGUGAAUCACAAAUGGAGAUACUAUUUCCCGUUUUAUACAAUGCAACAUCAAUCAUAUUUUCUCCGUAUUCCGGAAUAAAACAAUUUUUCUCAGAUUUUUAUUUUAUUCACGAUUUAUUUCCUUAUUUUUCGUACGUAUCUUCUUUUAUGUUUAAACGCAGACAGUGUACUGUUAUUAGUUUACUUUAUUUAGAGUCACUUGCACUAACUGUAACUAGCUUACUGUAAUAACGAUUCUUACCCCUUUCUAGAUUGUCAAGCUAAUUAUACAAGUAUCUCUCUACUUAAGACGGAGUUACGUUCCGUGAUUUCGAUUGUAAAUCGAAUUGAUCGUACGUCGAAUAGAAUUUAUAUUUCAUAUAAAUAAAACAUUAUUUGUACAAAAUAAUUAUUUUAUUACGAAUACAUAGAUCUCUAUUUAAAAAAUAUGACAAGACACAAAGUAUUUUUAUAAUUCUUAAUACAGUAUUUGUUAUAAAAUUAAUAUUUAGCUUAAAAUACAGAGAUUGACUUUAACAAAUGCUUAAAAAAUAUUUUUUUUUUUCUUAAAAAUACAACUCUUAAUAUAAAUAUUUAAUAUUAUAAACUUAAUAUUUAAUUUAAAUCACUGUAGUUAACGAGUGCUUAAUCAGCUUCGUUAUAUUAGUCCUACUAGUUCAUUUUUAGUCAAUAGUGCCAGUAGUAAGUUGAAAUAGUCAUGAAUAGAAGGAUACCUGUAUAAUGCCUAGACGAGAAGAGAAGAAAUGCUCGUUUAAUCGAUCUGAUUUACAUUGAUGCAAUUGACUCUGGAUAGAUAGUUAAUUUUACUCGUUGAAUCUUAUUGUUAGUCGUUGAGAGAGUAAAAGAGGGAAUUCCAUGAGAUUCGUACACACUUAGGCGCUAGACACAGGUCGGGCUAAUUUGUGUCCACAAACCGAGCCAGUCUCAGACCACCGUCCCUUCCCUUCUCGCCUCGCGCCACCGUCGGGAACAAGCCGGGCAAAAGAGAAAAGAUCCUUCCGUUUCUCGAGAAGCUGUCCUCACUAUUUCUCACGAGAAAUUUCGUCCUCGACUCUACCUAGCCGUCCGCGCUGCUCCACCCGACUGACACUAGCAAUGCCAGAGAUAUAUCGUAACUGUAUAAAUCUGUAUUAUAACUUACAAAAAAAAUAUUGUAAUUCGGGGACUGUGCACAAUUAUCGAUUCUUAAUAACUAUGUUGUAUUAAAUCGUAUUCUGAUAAAUCAUUAAAAAACAAGAUUAUUCUUAAUAAGAUUAUGCGAUUUCUAUAUUCUAUAGUUAAAAGUUUUUCUGCUUCUUGAUGUUUGAAAUUAUUACGAUAAUGAGGCACAAUUUCCGAAAGUCGUUAAAAAUUAACAAAUUGAAUUGACGAGUGUCCAGUCGUGGAGGCGCACACCUUUAAUAACUUUUGCCAAAAAUAAUUCUGUCCUUUCGAGGGACCGCGACACGGUCUUUCUGUACAUUUACGUCCUUCACGAAGUUCCUUCACGUCGUAAAAAGGGUUGUGUAUCGGCGCCGAGAAUUUCUAUUUGCGCUAUCUCGCCGAUAAUUGUCUUGAAUCCUCUUUCAGAAAAAGAUUCCUUGCUCCUUCACUUUUUGUAUGUUAUAAUUAUCGAUCGACGUUUCAUUUUAAUAAUCCACGUUACUGAUUUUAAGUGCCUACCUAUCUUUCAUAAAUUCCAUGUAAAACGUAUUUUCUGAAAAGGAUCCUGAAGAGUACGCAACCGAGUUAUUCGCCAAAUUCACAUUUAAGAUUAUUAAGCUAGAGAAAGAAAAAAAAAGACAGAGCUAACUUGAAACAGAGAAGUAAUCUAGAGAGAAGACCAAAAAAAGAGUACAUUGUGAACAAUAAUAUCAGGAUCUGUCCGCCAAAGAUUGGUAAACGGAAAUAGGGAUGGCAGACAGAUUUGCUCAAGGCUUCCACAAAAGCUCUCAUUGCGUCCCGCCCGAUGAGCUUCCCGACAGUGAUGCGUUUAGAUCAUGAUACGUGAGACUAGAAGUAUGAGAGUGAGUGAGAGAGAGAGAGAGAGAGAGAGAGAGAAAUGGGACUCGAAUAAAGAGUCUGAUUAGCUGUAACAACGUUAGGCUAAGAGAUUAACCGACUGCAUAAUAUGUGCUGAAAUUAUUAUCUCUAGGAAAAUUUGAAGGAAGAACUCUCGAUGUAUCGACGCGCGCACGAGACGUUCCGACAAAUGUGUAACGUGCUGCAAUCGGGUCCAUGUUGCAUUUAAACGAGAUAUUUUUACACUUUGUCAUUCAGCCAUUGGUAUUUCCUGGCAAUAAAUUUAUAUAAGAUACGAACUGGACGACGUUAUCAGUGUAUUUUAUGGUAUGUUGUGUAUUCCGUAUCUUUUUACUGCAGCCAGCUAUUUCUAAAAGACUCACUGUUAAUGUAAUAUAUUUUAUAUGGCACUAUAAAUUAUUUCUUCUAUUCGUGAAAUGUUUUUAUAGAUAUAUUAGAUAUUCGUAUGUGUUUGCAAAUUUACACACGUUCGAUUGCAACUUUUUCGGUCAUUGAGAAAUCCAUAAACUACGUUAAAAGAUUGUAUUAAUUUUUUAAACGCAUUAUAAUGAGAUUAUAAUCAUUGUAUUAAAUAUUGCUUGUAUUCCAGUAUGAGAUACGCAUAUAGCUCAAUUAAUUAAUAAUAAUUUCAUAUCUUAAAUCAGUUAGGUCCAAUUAAAAAUGUUAAAUGCAAUAUUUUUACAUGGACUUAUGUAAUAAUUCUUUGACUGAAGACGUAGAUUUGGUGUUGGAUAAUUGUAUUGGCCAAAGUGCAGAGCGACAGAUUUAUUUACGCUCCGUUCCCAACUGCACAACGGGAAUGAUCUUUGUAACAAAAUUUGGAGCAUGGACCCAGAAUAUUGUACAUACUGUAAAUGCACUCUCUAGUGUUGCAGCUUAUUAAUAAUACAUUGUCUAAAACGUACCAACAUCGCGGAGAUUAGCACGACCGAUUUAUACAUACAUAUAAAAAUAUUAUCAUAAACGUCAACGAGUAUAUUAUAUUUUCUCCGUAGCUACAAUAGAUCGUUAAACGUUAACAUAGACACAAUCCCGCAACCAGCCAACCGUCUACAAGUCUACAGCAACCUUCAUGAUUGUCUUCUUCUGCGUUUAUGGAGAAAUAAUCAGUGCAGGGAUGCCAGUCAUUUUAAAUUAGCUCGGAAGUAGCUGUUAAGUAGAUGUUCAGUGAUAUUAUUUGCAAGAAUAUAUUUAAAGAAUGGAACAGAGAGAAAAGGCAAAGAAAAAAGAGAUGACAAAAUGUGUAUUCAAACCACACUCGUGGUACCUGGAGUUGACGUUAUUAAACAAUGGUACACUAUACGUAGUAGAGAUUCUUUUUGUAACAUAAAGUGAAAUAUAAUCAUUUGUAACAGGA